AUCUUUGAUCUAGAUACCUGGUAUGAGUGGAAUGCAGGGCAAGUGCAGGGCAUUCAGGCGAUCCUCAUCAGAAAGUGAAACAGGACAUGGUGGUCAUCCGCAGCUGUUUGGGCUUCGCGCGGGUCCGUAGGUAGGAUGAAUGGUGAGCCAUGUGCCAAGCUGAAAGCCUUUGUGGAGCAUAGCCUCCAAGGGCUGGCGCAAUCCACACGCGCCUUGCGACAGGCUCCGUCUCUGGACUCGACCUGGGCGAGUGAGCUCUUUGGAGAGAUGCUGGUCCACCAUUUGGGAGUGUGGGAACACCACCUGGGAGCAGAGAUGAUGUGCCGAGCAGACCAGAUCCCAUCGCAUGCCAUCGAGCCACGGGAAGCGGCGAGACCACCGAGACAGGUGAGUCGAAUCGUGCAGGCUGAGGAAGUCAGGGAUGAUGAGUGGCUACUUUGCCGUUCCAGAAGUGGCUCCCCCACCUCGGAGUCGGAUUGGACGGUUGUGGCACCAGAAGAGAUUGAGAUGUCCUGAAGGAAUGUUCAUCCGGUUGGAACCGACGGGCCUGGCCACUUGCAGACUCGCAAUAGACACAGGUGUGACAUCAGUGAUAGAAGGCUGCC